AACACUAGAAUUUCCUAACCCUAACGCUGACAUAUUAUUCACUUCUCCUCUUUCUCCUCACACCCUCUUCGGUCGCCACUCUGCCGCCCUCUCCCUCGAGCGGCUUUGCUGGUCUGCUCCACUUCAAUCGGCUCCGGCGAUCUCACCGGAACUCCUCCUCGAGCUUUGCCGUCUUCGGUCGUCGAACUAUCCUCCUGUUUCUCUUGCUAAUAGCCAACUAUGGUGAAGGCUGUGAAGCACUACAGACCUCCGGGGAAGAAAAAGGAGGGCAAUGCAGCCAAGUUUGUUACUAGGUCACAAGCACUCAAACAACUGCAGAUCAAUCUACCCCUUUUCAGGAAACUAUGCAUUUUGAAGGGUGUAACUCCUAGAGAGCCAAAGAAGAAGUUCAAAGGAACUCAUCAGACUUAUUACCAUGUGAAGGAUGUUGCCUUUCUUCAUCACGAACCUUUGCUUGAAAUACAUAGAGAGAUAAGAGUACAUGAGAGGAAAAUAAAGAAAGCAGAGGCAAAGAAAAACCUUGAACGUGCAAAAAGGCUGCGGGAGAAGACACCUAAACCCAAGAUAGAUAGGAUUAUUCGUCAGAGGUACCCAAGAUUUGUGGAUGCACUUGGGGAACUAGAUGACUGUCUUUCAAUGGUGCAUCUUUUUGCAGCAUUACCUGCCGCUGAGAGCAAAAAAAUUGAUAUAGAAUGUGUCCAUAAAUGUAGAAGAUUGGCACACGAAUGGCAAGCAUUCAUAUCUCGCACUCACAAACUGAGAAAAGCAUUUGUAUCUGUCAAAGGCAUAUACUACCAGGCAGAGGUUGAGGGUCAGAAGAUAACGUGGUUGACUCCUCAUUCACUACAACAGGUUGUGUCUGAUGAUGUUGACGUCAUCACCAUGCUAAAUUUUCUGCAAUUGUAUGAGCCUCUUCUUGGUUUUGUGAAUUUCCGGCUCUAUCAUUCCAUAAAUUUGAAGUAUCCCCCUAUACUAGAUCCUCGGUUGGAAGCUUUGGCAGCAGAUCUUUACGCUUUGUCAAGAUAUGCCAAUGCCAAUGUCAAUGCCAUACCCUCUGUAGUCAAUUCUGAAGCAUCCCAGGUAGCUGAGUCUGAGCAAGGUGAUGCCAAGCCAAAAAGGGAUGAUAUUGAACAUGAAAAAUCUGAACUAAGACUUGCUCAACUUCAGCAUCAACUUCCUACAAAUGAACCUGGUGCACUAAUGCAACUUGUUGAAGAAGCUGCUUCUGAGGAAGAAGAGGAUCAAGAUACAAGAGAAUGUAAAAAUCUCUUUAAAGAUCUGAAAUUCUUCUUGAGCAGAGAAUCUGACCAGAGCAUCACACAUCAGAUUGUUGACAGGGAUGCACAAGGACAUAAGUUCCUCUCAAGAGAAUAUGUUCAACCACAGUGGGUAUUUGACUCUGUGAAUGCGCGGAUUAUUUUGCCAACAGUGGAUUAUAUGGUUGGAAGGAUACCUCCUCCACACUUGUCGCCUUUUAUUGAUUACGAGGAAGAAGGAGCAUAUAUUCCUGACUAUGCAAAGACUAUUAAACAAUUGCAAGCUGCCGCCAGAAAAGAAGUCCUUCCACUCCCAGGUGUUGGAAAAGAAGAUCUGGAAGACCCUCAAAAUAUUCUGGUUGAAGGUAUUAUGGAUCGGGCAGAGGCCAACCAAGCAGCUCAAAGAAAGCAAAAGAUGAUGAUGCUAGAGCAGCAAUACCAUAAUGAUUUGAAAAAAGAACUUCAAGGUGUUACGAAUGGUAAAAUGGAUUCCAAUGUUGAUAAACAACUCUCAACUGGAGAGAUACAAACUCGGGAAGAAUCCACUGCCAAUGCUCAGCAAAAGGAUGAUGCUGACGACAUGGGUACACUUAUGAUGUCUCGUAAAAAGCGGAAGCUAUUGGAAGCCAUGAAGAUGUCGAAUGAACGGAAGCAGGCUAAAAAUGAUCUCAUUAAGCAACGGAAAAAGAAAAUAGACGAAGCUCAUAAAAAGAGCUGAAGGGAUCUGCAUUCUGGUGCAGGAUACAAUUUUGACUUCAUUAUGCAAUGUAUUUGCUAAUUUAAAUGAAUGCUUUGUUUGUUAUAGGAACUUGACGAUAAUUUUAGUACUGCUCUUUUUGUAGUCAGUAAUGUAACUGCAUUUUCUCUCCACAGGCCGCAGAAACAACUGGUUUGUUUUAAAUAUUAGUUUUCUAGGUAUUGGAGCCCUAUCUAGUAUCUAGUUUCCCCCUUCCCCGCUUUGCGUUUUUGUUGCAAUGCAUUAUUUUUUGGUUCCUA